CGUCCCCGCCCCCAGCACUGAGGCGUCGGGCGGGUGGUCUGGCGCCGGCUGCUCCCGGUUCCCUGUGCUGGGUGCCGGCUUGGCUUCCACGAUCCGAAGGCGCGCUGCGGGAGCGCGGAGGGGGCGGGGAGGCCCUGCGAGGCCCCGCCCCCUUCUGCGCGGCUGCUAGGCCGGCCUCCGGGGGCCUCUGGGUGCGGAGGCCGGAGCUUCUGGCCGCAGGUGUCGGCGAGGCUCCGGGCUGUAACCGGGUCUGGCCCCAUGGUGGGUUUCGGGGCCAACCGGCGGGCUGGCCGCCUGCCGUCGUUCGUGCUGGUGGUGCUGCUAGUGGUGAUCGUCGUCCUCGCCUUCAACUACUGGAGCAUCUCCUCUCGCCACGUUCUGCUUCAGGAGGAGGUGGCUGAGCUGCAGGGCCAAGUCCAGCGCACCGAGGUGGCCCGUGGGCGUCUGGAGAAGCGCAAUUCCGACCUCCUGCUCUUGGUGGACACGCAUAAGAAACAGAUCGACCAGAAGGAGGCCGACUACGGGCGCCUCAGCAGCCGGCUGCAGGCCAGGGAGGGCCUGGGCAAGCGGUGCGAGGAUGACAAGGUUAAACUGCAGAACAACAUAUCAUAUCAGAUGGCAGACAUACAUCAUUUAAAGGAACAACUUGCUGAGCUUCGCCAGGAGUUCCUUCGGCAAGAAGAUCAGCUUCAAGACUAUAGAAAGAACAAUACAUACCUUGUGAAGAGGUUAGAAUAUGAAAGUUUUCAGUGUGGACAGCAGAUCAAGGAAUUAAGAGCACAACAUGAAGAAAAUAUUAAAAAAUUAGCAGACCAAUUUUUGCAGAAACAAAAGGAGACCCAGAAGAUUCGAUCAGAUGGAAAAGACUUGGGUGUAGAUGAUCAUGUUGUACCUGAAGACAUCCCCAAUGCAGCUGAGAAUGGCGCAGAGAAGAAUGAGGAGCCCUCAAGCAAUCACACGCCACAUGGGAAAGAACAAAUCAAACGAGUUGGUGAUGCAGGGAUGCCUGGUAUAGAAGAGAAUGAUGCAGCAAAAGUAGAUGACAUUCCUGCUGCUUUAAAGAAGCCCCCUGUUUUAGCUUCUCCAUAUGAAAGUCAUCAAGCAGUCUCCCAUCUUCCAACUGGACACCCUCUCUCACCAAACAUGGCUGCAGGUUCACAUCUAAACCAGAAUGGAAAUCCUGGUACUUCAAAACAGAACCCUUCAAAUCCUCUUCAACAUUUAAUUCCAGGCUCAAACAUGGAGAGGGAACCCAGAAUUCAGACAGAUAUGCUAAAGCAGGCCACCAAGGACAGAGUCAGUGAUUUCCACAAAUUGAAGCAAAGUAAGAAUCAAUUGAUGAAUGUUAUACCAGAAAGAGUUCUUUAAAUACAGUGUAUGUGUUUGCAAGACUGAAUUAAUGUCUUCAUUGUUAUUCU